GUACGAUUUUAUCCCUUAUUGCUUACAGAGUUCUCGACUGAGAGCGGCUGAAAGUACGGGCGUCCAUUUUCCUACGCCAUAUUGAAUUUGGUCGGACAUCUUUGGACGCCAUGUUUAGUCAGACAUAUUUUAUAAACAUUUUCGCGUAAAUUUCAAAUAUUUUUCAAUCAAAUUACCGAACUUUUUUUCAGUGAAAACAGUGGUGUCGAUUGCGGUAAUAACAGCUUUAAAAAAUUUAGUGCCAACUCGUCUAUACAUAAUUGUCUCCUGGGGUCUGACGGAGCUUUUGUUACAAGAUAAAUACAGGGCUCCAUCAAGAUGAUGAAUCAAGAGAUUAUGUGUGAAGUGGAAAUUGGCACUCAUGGAGCUAUAGAAAUAGACGGGGAUGAUCAAGUUCAAGUUGGUGUUAAGUAUGAAGAAAUAGAAACGGGCCAGUAUGAGGAAUAUAUAACUGAUGAUCAAUAUGAAGAGGUUGAAGAGCAGGUCAUUGGGAUGCAGCAUCUGGAAGAAAUUGGGAGUGAAGAGGUUGUAUUACCAGGUAUAUCUGGAGAAGAAGUCCUGACAUCAGCUGGUGAGAAUCCUUUUGAUCCUCUCUACACGGAUUCUGCUUCCACCAGCAACAGGACAAAUCGAAGCAGACCUAGAGCUAAUAAUAUAUCGAGCAACAUACAACAUCUAAUGCCAAUAGGUGAAGUACCAAUGGGGUUAAUGGACGGUAUGAGCGCGACCAGGGGCACCACUAGAAAGUGGGAACAGAAGAAGGUCCAGAUCAGGACAAUGGAGGGAGAGUUCUCAGUCACCAUGUGGGCUACAGGAGAAGACGAUGAUGAAACGUCAAAUCCUGAACCAGACCCUGACUACACAGAGUACAUGACUGGGAAGAAGAAUAUAUUAGGAAACGAAUCUAUGCCGGGUCUAGAUUUAUCGGAUCCGAAGCAACUGGCGGAGUUCGCGCGGCCCGGACACAAGAUCAGACUAAAGAAACCAUCCCCCGAAACUUCAGAUAGAACAAUAGCAUGUCCACACAAAGGCUGCACAAAAAUGUUCAGAGACAAUUCAGCGAUGAGGAAGCAUCUGCACACGCACGGACCGAGGGUGCACGUGUGCGCCGAAUGUGGAAAAGCCUUUGUAGAAAGCUCUAAAUUGAAACGACAUCAGCUAGUACACACUGGAGAGAAGCCCUUUCAAUGUACGUUUGAGGGCUGCGGGAAGAGAUUCUCACUAGAUUUUAAUUUGAGAACGCACGUCCGCAUCCAUACUGGAGAUCGACCGUACGUUUGUCCCUUCGACGGUUGCAACAAAAAAUUCGCUCAGAGCACAAACCUGAAGUCGCACAUACUAACGCACGCGAAAGCGAAAUCAAGAAAUUCAUUAUCAAGGAACGGCGGGAAUUCGUAUGAGUCGGCACGAACGACCCCACAGUACGUUCAAUUGGAAAUGUCACCGGAUGAUUCUAAUCCACAACUCGUGUUCUACACGCACGAGUGAAAGGCUGUGAUCGAACGAACAACAUGGUUACUACUGUGCUAUUUUGUGUGGUUAAUGAUCGGUCUUGUGUGAUUUCUACACAGCGUAAGAACAACGGUGUUCCGUGAUAAGUGCAUUGUAAGAGGAAACUGGAAAUAUGUGACCAAAUAAACGAUAUAGUGUAAAUUCGAUAAGUUGUAAAUAAUUUAUAGUCUACGUUAAUAUAAAUGGUGGGUGAGAGUGACUCUUUAACUAAGUGAUGUGAAAAAUGAAGCGCUUCUUUUGAUAUAAUAAAAUAAUGUCCAUUGUACAUGUACUAAUAUUUAGGUAAGUAGUUUAUCGGUCCAAAUUUUAUUUCAUAAUUAAUCUAAAUGUUUCUAUACACUUAUUUCUCCUACGAAUCAUACAAAAUGGAAUGUCUUCUUAACUUCAGCUCAGCAUUGUCAUAAACAACUGUGAAAAUUUACAUUGCUAAUAUAUUACAUGUAUAGUGAUCAGAACAAUAAUGGUUUAUGAGUGCUGGUUAAGAACAGCUAUUGUAAGAUCACCGGAAACUAUUGGUGAUGCAUUGUAAGUUUUUGCUAGGUUUCUUUGUACUUUUUACUAAUUUGGAUUAAAUCACUCCCUUCUAAGUCCUUGUUGCUGAGUAAGUCCAAAUGAUACCAAAAACUAAUACAAUCCCCAAGGCAAUGCAUAUUUUUUGCAAUUUUUGUGCUACCAUUAGCUAAAAUUACAAUUCUUAUUAUGUCUUUACCUGCAAGUGACUCAUUCUCAAUGUGUCUAAUUUAGACAUACUUGGAGUUACCCAACGUUUGAAAGAAAUCUUCCUCGAGGAGCCUGUCAACUGCACUAUUCCAUUUAUUAGAAGAAAAUUAAGUGACCAAACUGCCGAUCAAAUAUUCUUUUUGUUAGAUCGAGGUUGAUGAAACUAUACAGUUUGUUAUAUGCCGAAAAGAUCACCUGAUAUUCAGUGAAAACUGGGGCUUAUAAAUGUAGCAAUAUGCAUUCAGUGUAUUGGCAAAACUGAUCUGGUUUGGAUUUCUUUCUGUUCUGUCACUUCGUUCCUUGUGGAAUACAUAUUUAUGUAGUCAUAUGUUUAUGUUAUCAUUUUACUGUAAAAAGUCCAAAUGAACUGAAUGAUAAUUUGUGAAAUUCAUGUCAUAAGACAUUGCUGGGCUGAAUAUUACUUUAACCAACUCAAAUAAUAAUCUUAGAAAUAGUAAUAGUACUAAAACUCUAGUAUCUUUUCAAAACCUACCAUUGCAAGAGAGAUUUUCUUAUUAAUUUUCUGGAAUAUCAUUGUCUUCAAUACCGUUUACGAUAUGCAACUGUAAUGAACUGCUUUACUCAGUAUUAAAUUUUUUCUUCAAACAUUAAUAAGAUAACAAACAGACAAUUCUAAUGGUUUUACAUUGUCAUAGCCUAAUAAUUACCUAUACUUCAAAGUAGUAUUUACACUUCGAAGCUUUAAUACCCAUUUAGCUAAAUAAAUAAAAUUGCAACCCAACCCGAACCCCUAAAUUUGCUUGUGUGAUAGCACUUCCUAUUUUUACAUUUUAUAGUUCAGGAUCUGAUAAUUGACUAUAAGGUAAACACACUACACAUUCAUAUGCGAACUAAAUAAAUAAAUAAAUUACAGCACUCUUUAUGAUUCAAAUAGUGAUCCAAUUUGUGUCACGAUGAAAAUUUUAGUUCACUAUAGUGAAACCAAUGUUGCAAUUCCUGUUGUGUUGUAUGUAGCAUAAAUCUUGAGUUAUACCAGAUCGGUACUCGAUUACAUUAAUAUCGAAAGGUAAAAUGGAAAAUUACACUUUGUGUAAUUUACAAAACUUUAUUUUGAUGAGUAAAUUUAAAGAAAUGUAUUUAAUUCUCUCAUGUUUUUACACCAUUUAAAGUUAAACACAUUUGAAUUGAGCUCGGAUACUGAUUAUAAUAUGAAAUACUGCGUGGUUCAUUAUUAUACGGUAGAAUUGGUAGUGAGUUUUCAGCUAAAAGAAAACCUCUCUAGGAAGCUCACAAGAUACCGUACCAUUUACAAACUAUAACAGCAGUUCAGGGGAGUACAGUUAGUGAAACUGAGAUAUCUGGUCACUGUUAUAAGUAUGUAGAUAUAUAACAUUUGUUAUGACGUUAGUCUUCCACGGUUAAUAAAGAUUUACUUAUAGGGUAUCUUAAUUUUUUUCUGGGUUUAAAAGUCCUGUGAAUAACUGCUCCCCUCCACAACAUUCAUACAGUGAAUCUAUGCAUUUCUACUAAAUUUGUCCACAAACAUUUUGUUUCUAAUUUUAACAAGAUUUUUAAAUCUUAAAUUUAUGAAAUUUCUAUAUCAUCGGUAUAUUUAAGAAUGUAGAGAACCACAAUGUGUGCCCUUUUGAAGUAUUUUUAAUGUCAUUGUGCAAUAUACGUAAUAAUAUGUUAACUGUGAAGUUAUUACUUAAGCAUUCUUAUGCUCUCAACUCGACUACUGAUUGCUGACCUGGUAACACUUUGGAAUUACCUGACAAGGCAGGUCAAGUCAGGUUGGGGAAUAGUAUCUAUAGGACAUUGUGUUCUCGAUAUAUGUAUGAACUAAUUAGAGUAUUCCUACCAAGUUUGGUCAAAUUGAUGGGUAAAAAAAUCUAUUUUAUUAUUCAAUGCAUAUAAUAGGUUCUUGAAAAAGAGGAAAACAUCAGAAGUAAAGAGUGAAGAAAAUAUAUGCAUAUUCUAAUGGUCUUAAAGUUUGAAAACACUCAAUUUGACCACCAGUAUUGAUAGGUUGUGUUAAAAGCAAUGAAUUCCGAAAUCAUUUGCUUAUUUAAUAUUCAAGAGCUAUUUUGAAUGUGUUUAACUGUAAUGAAAUAUUUAAUUUUCGGUUUUUAUUUCUGUUUUCUUCUAAUUUGAAAUAUGGAGAGAAGUGUUUUGUAAUAUAUAAUAUUGUAAGGUUUUUGUAAUGACUGAUGUAAAUAAAUUAGAUAUAUUUUACAUAA